GAUUGUUUGCCAACAUCUCAUCGUUCUCCUCGUGAGUCGUCACAGACUUCACCCGUGGAGAACAUUGGUGUCCUGUCAUCUUUAGAGGUGCACUCUGGAUGCUUCGAAGCCUGAAGGAACAGCUCGAAGUCCCCGUCCAGGGUCAAGGUGCGAAGACACUCCCAUCAAAGAGAAAAUAUGACUCAGAUCUUCAUUCCAAGGCGCUUGCCUUUUUCGUCUCACCCUGUGAUCUUGCAUCAAAAGUCAACAUUUACAGUCAACGUCAAGUCCAACUCAAGAGGUCUCCAGGAUACCAUGAGCGUAAACGUAUUGUCAGACCACCUGGGCAUGUCUACAGCGAUUCUAGAGGCCAAGCAGAGUCGCAAAAAAGGAGGCAUACCUAUUGGCUCUGCAAUUGUAUAUCACGGAGAUAGUGCUGUAGGACCACAAGUAUUGGGUUCUGGGCACAACCAGCGCAUCCAGAAGUCCUCGGCGAUACUUCAUGGAGAGAUUGCCGCCCUGGAUUCAGCCGGCAGACAGAAGCCAGAAGCUUAUCGAAACUCGACAAUCUAUACCACAUUAAGUCCAUGUAGCAUGUGUACUGGAGCCAUUUUGUUAUAUCGCAUACCUCGUGUAGUAAUUGGUGAGAGCCGCAAUUUCCGAGGAGACGAGGACCUUCUUCGAAGUCGUGGAGUUGAAGUUGUAGUGUUGGACAACAACGAAUGUUAUGAACUGAUGAAAGAAUUCAUCGAGACACACCCCGAGGAAUGGAAUGAGGAUAUUGGAGAGACUGUAGCCCCGCCGUCAUGAGGUGAUCAGGAUAUUGAAAUGCGUAUCGUAUAACCGCGGAAAGUAUACAAUUAUAUAUGGAUGAAAGCUAUUAACAGAGAACGAUAACACGAAAACUAUGUGCUGAACAUUUAGCAAGUACAAUGUGCCAUUGUAUAAGUACACGAGUAACGGGACGAAUUGCAAUAUACGGUAGAUACAUGGUAUUACACCCUGGGCAUAUAAGUAGGUGUAUGUUGG